CUCUAAGUAUCUGCUUCACGCGACAGCAGCGACAAGACAAGACUUGUCCAUCAACAAUUGUUGCGACACUCCUUCUUGUACUUGUCUUGUCUACGAGUCGAAUUCAUUAUCUCGUGCUAUUUAUUUCCUGCCUAAUGUUAUAAUAUUCCAUCAACUCAGCAGCUAUUCUCUGUUGAGCUUCUCGCCGCUGGGCUAUUUCGCCCCCUCAUAACCACCACUCUUCCGACGACUUCCAUCAAAUCACCACAAUGUUCGUUCGACAAACGAGGAGGAGCCUCGCUCUUCACAAGAGCACUGCUCUCCGAUCAAUUGGGCUUCCUUCGAGAUCUAUACCAUCACACAUCACAGCAACGAACCUGGGGCGAAGAUGUGUUGUUUCUCAGCCAUACCAACCCCGCAAGCGCCGAGGCUCAGAGUCGGGCCCUGGCCUCAAGCAUGGCAGAAGUCUUGCGACCGCUGUCGAUGAUUACAACUUUGGUCAUAGUCUUGGUGCUUUACACAACCAGCUUGCUAGCUCUGGCCUACAGCCUUUCCAAGCUCCCCCGCCUUCCUACUCCGAACUUCGUUCCCUCGACCCGACAUCUCUGUUGACAAUUCCAGAGCCAACAGCACCUCGACAAUUCGGCAAGAUCAACAACAAGGGUGUUCCUGGUGAAAUUGAAGAGAUGAUUCCAGUUUUUGAUGCUUGUGUUCGCGUGGGCAAGCUUGAGCGAGCAUCUCUCGUUCUGAAGCGACUGAACUUGACUGGUUUGCUUCCUGGUGAAGAAAUGAUCAUUUUGCACAACCAAUACCUCCGCGCAUCCCUCGACCAGCUUCGAACGAGUCCCGACCGGAAGCAAGCCGAGCGACUUCACAAGUGGUACGAGCUGCAAAUAAGGAACCAAAAUGUACCACAAACCGCAGAGACAAUCGCAUGCAUGCUCAAGGCUUCACUGAUUUCGGAACGUGGAGCCCGUUUGGAACGACUCAUCAACCGUUACAUGAGCAUGGCUCCCGGAGAGGCUGGUCUGCGAGUGUUGAACAUGGCCGAUAUUCUCAGCGACCAAGACCUUGGUGUUAUCACCGAAAUCUGCCCUACUUACAGCUUCGCUCCCGAAUCUGAGGAAGCCAGCUACGUUACUCUGGCAAAUGAGGAGGAGGGACUUGAGCUGGAGGAGGAUCUUGAUGAGGAGAUGGCGGCGUUCGCGAAUGAAGAUUAUCCUGAGGUCCGUCCGACACCCCAACGAGGAGAGGGUUUGAACGCUUUACGACGAAAUUUAAACCUCAUGGCCGAGCUCCAAAAUGUCGAUAUCUCCAAGCUGGAUCCCCUUGAGCAGCGCGAAUUCCAAAUGCGUUUAGAAAAGGACUCCAUCGAUACCGCUAUUGAGAAAUGGCGAAACGCAAAGAAGAAGAUGGAUAAAUUGGGUAUAAACACGGCUCUGAACAACAAGGCCGAGGACAAGACUCUUUCCGAUUGCAUGCACCGCUGGCUUGAAGCCAUGGAGGCUCGUUUAAAACAGGAGAUCAUCAAGGUUGAGGAAUCUGAAGAUAAGGAAAUUAAGUCUGAAGAAGAUCUCGAGCGCUGCAUCUACGGUCCUAUCCUUCGAAUGGCAGACCCUACUCGACUGGCUGCAGUGACUAUUCUCACUUUACUCAACACCAGUGCAUUGCAGGGUGUUGAUAAGGGUGUAGUCAUUCAACGCCUCCUCAACGACGUUUCUCGAGUAGCCCAGGAUGACAUCCAGACUCAGUUCAAGGAAAGGGCCGCAAAGGAACGUCGCCGGCUCCGCAAGGUCCAGUUUAUAGCAAAGGAAGAAGAUGCUCAAGCAGCUGAAUCGAAUGAGUCGGCGGAGGCAACUGAACCGAUAGAGGCGAAGGAGUCGACGGAAGUGAAUGCUUCUACGGAGGUAAAUGAGUCGACGGAGGCGAACGCGUCUACAGAGACGAAUGCGCCGGCUCGGCAAAAGAUCAUCACUGAUGCCCAUCAGCCGACCGGGGCGAAAGAUCCCGUGCUAUCAUCCUGGUCUGUCCAAGUGAGGGCCCGCGUUGGAUCAAUUCUCUUGAAAUCUCUCAUCGAGACGGCCAAGAUCAAUGUUGUGAAGGAACACCCUAUCUCAAAGGAACGAAUCAGCCAACUCCAGCCUGCCUUUUCUCACAUGCAAGCUCCCAAGAAGGGCAAGAAGGUUGGAAUGCUAACCAUCAACCCAGAGCUUGUCGAACGCUUGAAACGGGAACCCAUGGGUGAUUUUCUUGCUAAGCACCUCCCUAUGAUUGCCGAACCUCGAUCGUGGACGCGUAUCAAUGAAGGAGGCUUCUUAGUUAGCAAAGCCUCCUUGAUUCGUGUCAAGUCAGGAGACGUUGAGCAAAAGCUCUACGCUAAUGCGGCUAUCAAGCGUGGCGACAUGGACCAAGUCUUCAAGGGCUUGGAUGUAUUGGGAAAGACACCGUGGAGGGUCAACAACUCUGUUCUUGACGUGAUGAUCGAGGCCUGGAACAGUGGUGAUGCUAUCGCCAAUAUGCCAACGCUCACACCCGACCUUGCCAUGCCAGCGGAGCCCACAAACUCAGAUCCUCUCCUUCGCCGGGCUUGGAUUCGAUCCGUCAAGCAGGUCGAGAACGAGCGUUCUGCCCUUCAUUCGCAACGAUGCUACAUGAACUUGCAAUUAGAGAUUGCUCGCGCAUUCCGCAAGCAAGUCAUUUACUUCCCUCACAAUAUGGACUAUCGCGGCCGUGCCUAUCCUAUCCCAACAUACCUGAACCAUAUGGGAGCUGAUCACACACGUGCUCUCCUGAAAUUCGCCGAGGGUAAGAGGCUUGGUGAGCAAGGUCUCCGAUGGCUCAAGAUCCACCUUGCCAACGUGUACGGUUUCGAUAAGGCCUCUUUCGAUGAGCGAGAGGCAUUCGCCACUGACAACCUUGCCAACAUCACCGAGAGUGUCGAGAACCCCCUGCAUGGUAGUCGAUGGUGGUUGAAGGCUGAAGAUCCUUGGCAAUGCUUGGCUACUUGUUUUGAGCUGAAGGCUGCCUAUGAUCUCCCUGAUCCUACCGAAUUCGUCUCCAACCUGCCAGUGCAUCAGGAUGGUACCUGCAACGGUCUCCAGCAUUACGCAGCCCUUGGUGGUGAUACCUGGGGUGCUCAGCAGGUCAACCUCAUGCCAGGCAGCCGACCUGCCGAUGUAUACUCAGCUGUUGCCAACCUCGUCAAGGAGUCGAUUGAGAAAGACGCCAACGCAGGCAAUCAGCUUGGAAAGAACUGUCUGGGUAAGAUCACCAGAAAGGUAGUGAAGCAAACUGUCAUGACCAACGUUUAUGGUGUCACAUUUGCCGGUGCCAAGCAACAAGUUUGCAAACAGUUGGAUGCCCUCUACCCAGAGAUGUUCAAAGAGACUGGCAUCCCCAAUCUCGUGACCGCCACGUAUAUCGCGCAGCACAUCUUCAAUGCUCUUGGAACCAUGUUCCGAGGUGCUCACGAUAUUCAAUAUUGGCUUGGUGAGAUUGGCGCGCGUGUCUGCAAGGCCCUGACACCGGCUCAGCUCGAUCAGCUACAGGAGGAGAAAGACAACAAGCCUGCCGUGAGGAAGACUGUCGCGGGCAAGAACAAGGAAUUGGAUGAGUUGACUUCACAGUUUCGAUCUACAGUCGUGUGGACUACACCCCUGAGAAUGCCUGUUGUGCAGCCUUACCGCAAGUCUCUUACAAGAGAGAUUCGCACUUGUCUGCAGUCCAUCAGUUAUCCCACGCAGGGUCAGACGGAGCCCGUCGAUCGCAGAAAGCAGCUUCAGGGAUUCCCUCCCAACUUCAUCCAUUCACUGGAUGCCAGCCACAUGCUUCUUUCGGCACUCAAGUGUGAUGAGCUCGGCUUGAAGUUUGCUGCCGUUCACGAUUCCUUCUGGACUCAUGCUGCUGAUGUGGACAUUCUGAGCGGAGUUUUGCGAGACGCUUUCAUCCGAAUCCAUGAGGAGGACGUCGUCGGCCGUCUGGCUACCGAAUUCGAGGCUCGAUACAGGGGCUCGUUAUAUCUGGCCAACAUCCCUAGUCAGAGUCCUGUCGCCAUGAAGAUCAAGGAAUUCCGCAAGACAAGCAAGCUCACCCACAAGGAAGAAGUAUUGCUAGAACACAAACGUAACACUCUCCUCCGGUCAGGCAACCCCUGGGACAUUGAGGCAGCAAAGAAGAUCGUCACACCUGCGUCCAUCUUUGAGGAGAUGUCGGCCUCGCAGGAGGAGGACCCCGAGAUCAAGAAGGAGACUGAGGAUAUUGGCGGUCUCGGACACAUUCCCGAGUCGGAAGGCAAUCUCUCAUCGGUAGUUGAAGAGGCUGUAAAGGAAAUGGAUCCUGAGAGCGACAAGAUUGCUGAGAUGAGCCACAAACUUCUCGAGCGUCUUAAGCAUACCAGUUUCGAGUACCGAGUUAUCCAGCCCAAGAAGGAUGUCAAGCAGGUCUGGAAGAGGGUCACGCAUUUCUGGCGCCCGCUGACCUUCCCGGAUCUUCCCAAAAAGGGUGAUUUUGACGUAAAGCGACUGCGAGAAAGUCAGUAUUUCUUCUCCUGACUUAAAGACCUCCUCAGGUCAUUAGUAUAAUGUAUCACUAUGAUGAAGACAGACACGAGAGGGAGAAAUGAUUUGGGCGUUGUAUAUUUGGCGUUUAGAGAUGGGGAUUUUUUAUUCAUGAUAGCGAAGAACCAAAAAAGCAUUCGGAUAGAGGGAGUAUGUGGCGGCUGUUGGCUGCACUUUGUAUACCAUAGGAGGAGGAGGAUGUAGAAUCUGUACAUUAGUGUUGGAGGUGGAAAGAAGUCAGAUGAACUUGACGUCAAAACAAAUAUACAACACCAAGAUGUUCAAACAUUUAUUAGUUCAUUGAAAGUGCCA